CUGAGCCUUGGAUGUAUUCGGGUCGGCUGAAGUCGCCAUUUCAAAGCGUAAUAGGGACAGGGUGCACGGUACAACAUUUUUUACGUUUCUAUUUUUCUAUGCAGAUUAUAAUUUUUUUAAGUAUUUAAAGAAAAAACAACAGUAUUUUGUUUUUUUCUGGACCUUCCUCGCCUUACUACAACAUAGAGGUUGGCAACAAUGGAAGACACAGAACAGGUGACAGAAACCACACAAACCUCCCAAGAUGCAUCUGAGGAAUCCAUAUCAGAGAGCAAAGCCAGGGGUCGCGGGUUCAAAGGUCAAGGUCGAGUGGGUCGGAUGGGCCGGGGCUUUCGUGGUGGGCGGGGCAUGAUGACGAAAGGCUUUGGUCCCCCUGGGCGUGGCAGAGGCCGAGGGCGGGACAUGCUCAUGAACGGAUUUGGGCCUAUGAGGAGAGGGAUAGGAAGGAUGCGCCCAUACCCAGACUUCAGGGGUAGACGUGGAGGAAGGGGUGGGCCUAUGCACAUGGGUCCUCCGCCUCCCCCACCCCCUCCCUUGCACCUCAGAGGGCCCUACCCGCCCAUGCACAGACAUGGCCCCCCUCCCCCCCUGGGGCAUCCAGGGUUCAGAGGGCGACCCCCUCACCUGCGUGGAAGGGGUAUGCCCCACGGGCCCCCUCGACCCUUCCACCCCAGAGGCACCCGAGGCUACCACAAUGGACCAGCUUCUCCUCCGCAACACCCACCACCUGGUAGAGGCCAGAGGUGGCCAGGGGCCCCUGGUGGCCGACGCUUUUAACGCAGCCUGACCCCAAAAUAAAUAAACAAGUGACUUGUUUUGUAGCAAGGUGGGGUGUAUAGCGGCGGCUACAGACAUAGAAAAGUGUCAUACAAAGCCUACCUUUUUAAACACAAUGUGAAACACUUCCUUUAGCCAAAUGCGUAUUGAUAUUGUAUAAUGGCGGAGAAUAGGUGAAACAGACUACAAUAAGUGAGGACACUUAAAAUGCCUCAUACAGUGUAAAACCGUUGUUUAUUGUAAAUUCUGUUACUAGAAGUAAAAACACAAGUUUGUUUCUUAAAAUUAAAAUGUUAAUGUUAACACAUUGGAAUGAUUAUUACCCAAGAUGAAGGUGUCAACAUUUCCGUUCUUUAGAUGUCCUGUGGUUCUUGUGGUCACCCUGUGAGCCUUAAAAAGUAUUUUCCGACCCUCAGUAGAGAGUUCUAGAAGUGUACCACAGUAUGUGUCAGUGAGAGGGGAAAGACGUGAGAGAAAACAAAUACAGGUGAAAAGAUACCAGAGCACAAACAGCCCUCAAGCAUCAGUGUACAGUAGCUGUAGUGGAUGACUCCUUGGACCUCCCUUUCCUUCUGGACAUAGUUUGGACAUUACUGGACAUAGUUUGGACAUUACUGGACAUAGUUUGGACAUUACUGGACAUAGUUUGGACAUUACUGGACAUAGUUUUGUAUUACAUGACUUCACAAAUAGUACAUUAUCACCACAAACGCUGUGUAGACUCACCUACACAUUUUGUAAGUGAGAAGAUUAUAUUGGACAUUCAUGCAUUCAUGGCUCCUAUACGUGCUACUUUAUAUCAUUAAUGUGCAGCUAUUUUUAGUUAAUACAUAUAUUGCUGUUUGGAACAUGCUUGUGUUCAGCAAUCUACAGUAUACUAUGGAAUGACAAAAAUAAAAUCUAUGAAUAUAAAUGGAUACUAUAUUGAACAAAUAUAUAUAUAUAUAUUAGUAUAUCUCUAUUAUAUUUGAAAGCAAAUGACAAAAGUAUUUGCUUAAUUAUACCAUAAGAUACUAUUUCUUGUGUUUAGUUUUAAAGUGUUAUUACCUUUAUGUAACUGACAUAACUUACAAUUUGUGAAUUUGUGAAUGUGCUUUUUGAAAACCGUCAACAGUUUUGACGUAGUCGUGAGAGAAAGAAAAAUAAAACUAAACCUAAACUGAACUGUAUUCUUUUUACUGGUUAUUCAAAGUCACAUUCUGAGCAUCGCCUCAGUGUCACCCUAAAGCAACCGUACAACUCAUGUCAUGUUGAAUGAAGAGAACAACUUUGUUCAAAAAUGUAUUGGAAGAGAAUACAGCUACACAUAAAUAUUGCUGUUGUUGUCCUGAUGCUUCCAUGAAAGCUAAGCA